UUUAAAUGUCAUUUCUUGUAUCUACAGGUAGCUAUCUGAUUACAUAGUCUAUUGAUAUUAUUGAAUAUCCCAAAGCGACCGAAAAUAAUAAAAAUCCCCUUUACUAAAUAUACACCACGAUUUAUUUCCGUGAUGUUCUAGUAAUGGAGACGUUGUUUAUUAGACGUCACCAAGUUCGGAGAAGUACCACAACUCGACCUACGCAUGUUUGUCACAAUGGGGUCAUUUUUUAUCUUGCCAAUGCCUACCCUGACGCAGAAUAGUCUGUCUUUGGCAAGGUCCAAUUCGACAGACACAUAAUUUCACUUAAAGACAGAGAGUUUGGCGAAGAAAGAUUGUCACUACCUGAUAGACGAUUUUAACGUUUAUGAGACGCUUGGAUUGAGAUUCGAACCCAUUCUCCAUGGCCCCGAAAAAGAAUCAUUGCAUAAAACAACGCAUUAGUACGAUGGGAUUCGACUCAAGUCCGUCUGUUGUGUGGUUUGAUCCACAGAAAGGAGAAGAGAACUUUGCGCGACUAUGUCAGUUCUUAAUGACGAUCUGUGGCGACAUCCUGAGGGUGGUUUUAUCUCACCAUAUAAAACCUGGCGACCUGAGAUCAAAGUUAGACAUCAAUCUAUCCAAACUCCACAAAAUAACGAAUACACAGGAAAAGGAUUUACUAUACCCGCCGCAUUCUUCUACAACAAGUAGUCCACCAAUCAGAUCAAGAGAUCUAGAUUUAUCGUUACUUUAUAAGAUUCUGAGAAAUAUCUGCAAUAUUUCCAAACAUAGGGCUGGAUGGGGAAAUGCCCCAGUCUCGGGCGACUAUUGUGUAUCUGCUUGCAUAGAGAGGAUAAGACUCCUACGAAAUUCCAUAUCUGGUCAUUCAACGAAUGGAACAAUUGAUGACGUAGAGUUCGAAGAUUACUGGCGGGAAUUGAAAAGGUCCGUCAUGGAGAUUGAAAAUGAGGUCAUUGGAAGCGACAAGUAUGAAAGAGGAAUAGAUCAUUUACAUGACUGCGACUUAAACCCAACAAAAGCAAAGGAAUAUGUAGACCAGAUUCGCCGAAUUAGAGAGAGAAUCAACAUGGUUGAAAGUACAUGUAUUGAAAUUAAAGAAGAUAUGGACGCGAAAAGGGCUCAGUUGGAUAACGUCGAGAAAAGUGUGUCUGACAUGAAAGGUGAAAUCGUAGAAUUCCUCACAGCUGCCAAAAAUGAGAUACUGAGCGAAGUCAAAGAGAUAAAAGUACAGCAGAAAAUAAAAGAAUCCAAUAUGACAAAUACCGAUAGAACUCCAUCUGCAAAGUUCAAAGAUAUACAGAUUACAAGGACAACAACGAUCAAAUUUGAAAACAUGCUUUUUCUUAUCGAUAUGGGUCCAACAUUUAAUAGCAAAAUUUGGCUAGCAAUUCAAGUUACUGAAAUAAACAAAUCGUUGUAUCUUCUUAAUGACAGGAAUGUUAUCGAAAAAGUUGAUAUACCCGAUCAGUAUAUCCCACACUUGGCCGGUAUUACAACAAACGAGAAAGGAGAGGCUGUGUUUACGAGUUGUCAGUCAGUAAUGGCCGCUACGGAGGACGGAACGAUCUAUAAGUUAUUUGAGAUUCCGGUUACCAUUCCGUUCAUUCCCAUCAAUUCAAGGUUAUGUUUCCUUCAUUCUGGUAACUACAUAAUUCUAGCUAGAAGAUUCCCUAAUCUAGCUUUAUUUAUCCAUGAAUUCAGUAGGGAUGGUUUUCUAUUACGCGAAGUAAAAACGGGGAUAGAUCUUGAAGAUUCCUCUUGUCAUAUCAGACAAAAUCACAACGGAGAUAUUGUAAUUACUUGCAAUAAAUGUUUGAUUAUACUUGACGACGAUUUCCGUUUAAAACACAAAAUUCCAUUAGCAAGGCGUGCUGUGGUUAUUCCAUGCAUGAACAGUCGCAGUGACUUACUGUAUGGCCAUGGACAGACCAUAGACUUACUGAGGAGUAGUGGAGAAUUUGUCAAGACUCUCUAUACAGCACAGAAAGAAAAAGAAAUAAAACACGUUACCUGCAGUGUGGAUGGUACCGCCUGGAUUCUUUAUUAUUCUUGUGACGUGGAAAUUCUGAAAUUGGAAAUCUGAAGAGAGAAACUAUCCAUUUAGAAUGUGUGUUUUUUUCAUUUAGGAAUAGGAAAAUUGUGAAAUAAUAAAUUGGUGCCGAUAUA